GGUAGCUCUGGUGCCCUCUGCCCAUAGACUUAAUAUUGACUCUUCCUCUUUUUUUCCUUCUCUUUUUUCCUUCCCAUCCCCCCACUUGGUUUGAAUGCCGAUGUCACCAGCAGCUCCGUUUACGGAGCCGAAAGUGCAGAAGCAAAAGCGCAGGAAAUCCAUCCAUUUAACAAAAGCGAAGGCGGCCUGCGAAAAGCGCUAGGAAGCUGAAAGAGAACCUAAAUAGAAACCUUCAGCUCCGUGUUGAUUUGCACACGCUUUUCCGCUCCACCUACAUUUGCCCGAUCAGAACAUGGCAAGCGGGCAUCCCAUUGACUCAUUUGCUUUCAUGUACAGACCCGAAAGCUCUCAGAACUCAAAGAGUAAAGUUCGACCAUCUUCAGGCAUGAAUCCUGUUUAUAGUCCAGUGCAGCCGGGCACGGCGUACGCAAACCCCAAGACCAUGACAUACCCAGGCUAUCCUGCAGGUUAUUCCACCACAGCUCCAGCAUACACACCUAAUAUCUACCAGACAGGCACUCCAGGAUACCCUCCAGGAUACACAACAGGAACUCCCUACAAGGUGCCCCCGGCACAGAGCAACGGAGCCCCUCCACCGUACUCAGCAUCCCCGAGCCCCUACUCCACGGCCAUGUAUCCCAUCAGAAGUGCCUACCCUCAACAAAACCUCUAUGCUCAGGGUGCGUAUUAUUCCCAGCCGGUGUUUGCGCAGCCGCAUGUAAUUCAUCACACCACUGUGGUGCAGCCCAACAGCCUGCCAUCAGCCAUCUACCCAGCGCCAGUGCCCGCUGCCCGGCCUAACAGUGUGCCUGUGGGCAUGCUGAGUGGCUCCACCAUGGCCAUGUCUGCAGGGCCUCUGCUCACCACACCACAGCACACACAACACAUCGGCACUCACCCGGUCACCGUGCCAACGUACAGGCCGCAGGGGUACAGCUACGUACCUCCGCACUGGUAGAGCUGCCAGCCCAAUGCAUAUCUGGAGUUCACAUUGUUCACAUUUCCAGUCUUCGUGGACACAGCCUCCAGCACCGGGCCACCGAGUCCUUCUGCGAGUACAAAUACUGAACGAGCAACGGUCACUUUAUGUGUUCUUGGCGAUUUCGUUAAAGCUGCUCACUCGAUCGAAAUUUGUUCAGUUUUUGUGUUACGUUAGAAAUCCCUGACCAACACCUACCAGCAAUUUAAAACACACAAACAGAAAAUUCACUACACUGAGCAGCAGUGAGCAUUUAGCUGCUGUUAACACUGGGUCCUGUGCUACACUAGUACUUUCUCUAACAGUCUGAAUGUACACAUUUGCAUAUUACUAUACUAUACAACACCUGGGUUUGAGUUCAGGGUUCUAUCCCUUUUUUUUUUUCCUUUUUUUUUUUUUCAUUUUGGCACGUGAAAAGGGCCGAUCAUUUUAUUUCUUUGUCAGAAUUUUCCUUUGAGAAAAGCUGGACAUCCUCCAUCACCCAGCUUGCAACUCGGGUCUUCUUGCUUUUGCUAGUUUGCAAAAUUUGGGGACUCAUAUUGAAUCAUUUUCAUUUGGUAAAUGGUACUGUCCUUCUAGUAGAUGCACAAUUCUUAGAGAACAUUUCAGCGGUUUAACUAGCAGUAGAGGAAGUUGAAGUGGGUUAGCCUUCUUUAGAGUUUUUUAAUCAGUUAACCAGAUUUAGUGGAAGGUUUUGAAGCGACACUCUACUAGGCAACGUCUGAAGUGAAUCAGCAGGACAGUUCAAUGGUUUAACUAGGUUAAGAUGAUAUUUAAGUGGGUUAACCAGCUUUCAGAUGGACUAUUAACCAGAUGUAUUGGACACUUUAAGGGGAAGCCAGUUUUACUGAUGUGGGUUUAAUAGAGACUUAAAAAGCUUAAAUGGAUAUUUCUUUGGGUGAAUCAUCUUCAGGUGAGUUAGCUUUAAUGCCCACUUCAGUUAACUUAACCUACUAUUAGAGGACAUUUCAACGAGCAGAUUGUCUUAAGUGGACACUUGAAGUGUAUUAGCAAGAUUUAAUUCAAAUAAUUAACCAGAUUUAAGGAGAUAUGUCCAUGUCCAUCAUCUAAAGUGACAAUUGAAGUGGAUAAGCCAGUUAUAGUAAACAUUUUAGUUAGCUAACCAGACUGAUGGAGACUUUACUGGACAUUUCAAACGGGUCAUCCGGCUUUAGUGGACAUUUCGGUGGGUUAACCAGUUUCACUGGACACUUCAAGGGGAGGGCUGAGGAUAAGCCUGUUUUAGUGGACAUUUUAUUCACCCAGCUUCAGUGCACAUGUUAAGUUUUAAUGGACAUGUCAGUAGGUUAUCCGCUAUCUUAUCUCACAAAGCUGUGAAGCAACGUUGAUAUAUUAUCCAUGCAGUAUGUAAAACGUGAACAAAAUGAGCAAAAGGCCUGCUGUAUUAGGCUUUACAUGCACAUGCUUAUUGAAUAUGCACUCAGUUGUGUGCAUAUGCAGAAACCGUAGAAGAGAACCAAUAAGACGAGCAAUGCAGCGGGUGGUCUGUAAUGAAGUGUAAAACCUGAACAGUAAGGUUUGAGGUUCUGGUCAUUUGAACUUUAUGCCAAUUUUCUACUCAGACCAUACUGUUAAACUUGCCAGGCUCUAAAAGACUUGUUUAGAUUUGGUUUUAUUCUGUAAGUGCUUAGAUUUUCAGAUCUAAGCAAACAGAACUAGCGUAUGAUUUAUGGGACUUUGUUUAGGACCAAUGCAAGCAGUGAUUCCUCCCAUAACGCUAAAAUCAGAAAGCACUGGCGUUGAACGCUGCGUUACCAAGUGUGGUUUGGCAAUAAAGUUCAGACGUCCACACAGUUAUCAUGCUCCUGUGUAGCGCCAAGGACUCGUUACUAGGCAGCUCAGAGGGAAACAAAACACUAUCCCUGCUUUUUAGUAUUGUUUGUAAAACACCCUUGACAUCUUUCUCUUUAAUAAAUCGUACGAGUGGUCACUUGUAGCACAAGGCAAGGACACAAACUUAGGAGCAAAACAAAUCUAGUUUAAAAAAUUCUUCAUAUCAUCAUAUCAUGACUACUUAUUGUGCUAACUGGGUGGCUGGAUGAUGACCUAGGGUUAUGAAAUAGGUAGCUACAUAUAACCAGAUUCCUUCAUUUGAAACAGUUAAACAAUGUCAAGUUGCACUGCAGUGUGGGUAAGUUCUACAGUUCUACAAUGUACAGUGAUGCCCGAAUUUAGGGUUCAACAAGUGAGCAUGCUGUCGGAAAGUCAUCAAGGGUGCGUUAAAAACAGUCAGAAAGCAGGAGGUGGGGUUUUCCCUAAAUCUGUCCAUCUCUUUCCAUGCAUGCUUAGUUGUCUUAGAUUUGGAGCAGGCCAUAGUGUAAAGAAGGUAGUGCUAAAGAAGGAAUUAAAAUCUGUGUUUGAUCAUGCAUUAGGUUCUCAUGCGUGGGCAUAAAAGAAUAGUUAGUCUAAGCAAGAUUUCAUUGCUCAAGGAACUCAUAAUGAACGUAUAUAACAUUCAGUAAGGAAUAUUGCACUCUUCAAAAGUAAUAAUCUAUGCUUGUAGUCGGUACAGUACUUAAUCUUAAAUAAACAGCGCAUUUAUUGUACAUUUCGAUUGUGGUACUCUAGUCUUCCAGAGAAAAAAAAAUAAAAAAAACACUGAAGAGAUCCAUGCAAAAUAUUAUAUAUCAUUGCAGUAUUCUUCCAUAUUUUAACCACUUUAUUAAAAAAAUCUGUGUUUUAUUAAAAAGAGACAAAAUGGAAUUUGCAGGCUGUAUUUCAAAUGAUCAUGCUAGUCUAGAGUUGUGUGUUUGUCUAGGGAAGGUCGUCGCCCUGGGUUGUGCCGUGUCGGUCCAUGUGUAUGGUGAGAUUUGCAGCAUCCUCUGUGUCCUCGUAAUUGUCGGUUUUAUGCAGUUAAGCAUCAUAAAAUAACCCAAAUUAUAUAUUUGACGGCAGAAGCAUGCUCUUUAGGCUUUCAUGAGAGUUUGGCUUAAAACCUUGAAAGUACAGAGUCAUUCAAAGUAAAGGCUGUCUUCUUAAGUCACUAAGGGCGACUUCAUGUUCGGAUAUAAGUUGUCAUGGAAACAGUUUCUAUGAAGCUUGUAUUCAGAAAACGUUGAAUAACGUGCUUAGAAUUUGUUUUGGUCUUUGGUGGGGUAACGUAAAUGUCAUUAUUCAUCCUUAAGUAUCUGUGUUUCAAGUCUUAAUAGCUAUUAUAGUAUAAUAGCUAUGCGUUACAAAACCAGACUUUUGCAAAAAAAAAAAAAGAAAAGAAAAGAAAAGCAAGAACCGUCUACAAAAAAUAGAUCUUUCAACAGACGUUUUCCCUGAAAAUGUAUCAACAAACACUGCCCUAAAACAAAACUCAAUGAUCAAAUUUUUACCCUGAUGAUUCUGAAGCUUGUGGCCAGAAAAGUGGCCGGAGCUGCUGAGGCUAGGGCAUAGCAUUAAGGUGAAUAAUGACAUUUCUGUUAUGUUAAUAAAAGCCAUUAUCACUGUAACGAGCACAAGCUUUAUGAAUUCAGCUCUGUAGAAAAGUGUUCUUUUAUCCGCUGUAUCAAAUUCCUGACGGAUCGCCAUAUCAAUGACGGUUUCACUGUAGCGCUUCAUUUCGACGCCGUUGGGCACGACGUCUACAAACAGAACAAAAAAAAAAAAUUCUAAUAAUCAUACGAAUUAAAUCACAUGUACGCAGCUAAACAUUUUAAGCUAUGCACUGGUAGAUUAUUUGUGACUGAUACCGUACAAGAACCCUACGUUCUUUACACACUUUAUAAACACUUUUUACACACGUGGCUCAUUGAUCCUGUAGCGAAACGCAAGCAGCAAUGCAUGGGAGCUAGGAACAGACCUGUGAAUACUGAGAAGUGCGGAGUAUUUGCGAUGUACAUAUCCGAAUAUUAUACAGAGAAUAAGUAUUUUGAGUAUUUGAGCACUAGAAUGUAUUUUCAAAUACAUGUAUUUUCUCAAAGACUUAAGUGCUUAGGUACUUUUUCCACCCAGGUCUGUUGUAGAGAAGUGUGAUCAUUUUCCAUUCCUCAUUUCAACUUUACUUUUCUCACAGAUAAGUCUUAAUGUUUCUCUUAGUUUUACUUGUCUGUUCAGUGUGAUGACAGUGCAGGUUUUUUUUAAACUGCUUUAUCUACAUACCUUACAUUCCGCUUUCCUCCAAUGCUAUAUAACACUUCAGGGUUCUUUUAUUUAUCGUUAUCUUUAAGGAAACUGCUAGAAUCUGUUUAAAGUGGACUUGUUCAGAGGGUCACUCUCAGGCUGAGUAGUCGAUCAAAACCAUGUAGAAAUACAAACACGAGAUUCUUGGGUUCUGCUUGCAAAAUUUUUCAAGGUAAGAGUCUGUCUUCUGUAGGUUUUCACUGCAAAACAAUAACUAUAAAAGGCCACUUGUUGGCCUUGUUAGCUUUCAUUUUCUUUAAGUAACAUUAUUUAAGGUGCAUUAUUGGUCCAUAAGGACCACUGUUGUACCUUUUGAAUGUACAUUCACAUUAAAUUCCACAGCAUCAACAGUGAAGGAACAAUUACAUCUGUUUUUAAAAAAUUCCCUUUUUUUUCUCAGCUUUACGCUCUGUAAGAGGAGCAGUCUUUAAAUGUGACCCGUAUGUUGUUGAUUUAAGGGAUAAAAGUCAGUAGAAUUGUUUUUGGCACUAGGUCUUGUGGUUAUUUUGGCUACUCUUAGCCUUCACAUUUCCUGCAUAUGUAUUUUCGGACAAUUAAUUGACAUAAAAAAAAAAUUUCUCAAAUGUUUAGGGCAGUAUUGAUCCAGCCAAUUUUUUUUAAUUAUUCGGCAUACAUAAGAAACAUCCUUGGCUGUAUGACAUAAACUAUUACAUAUUUUGGUUUGUGAGUAAUAAGUCUAAAUGAAUAGUGACGUACUGUUUGCCCUAGAGAACAUUUUCCACUCCUCGUGGCCACCUGAGUUUUGCAGCUCUUGUACAAGCACUUAAUUACAGAUACUAAUCGAAGAUAUAAACAUAGGCCAGAACAUCGUCUUCCGAAAAAUGUAGUUUGGUUUCAUCAAGCAGGAUUUAAACCCAUUAAGCAGCAAACUUCAGUUUUUCUCAGCGCUUUUCUGUCUGUUACAUAUGUUGCAAUAGGUAUUCACAUCAGGUUUGUGCAAAUGAAGUCCAAUUCUGUUGUUUUAUGUUGUAAUGAGGAUCUGUUAGCUGAUCUUGGUUGAAUCAAAAAACCAAGGUUGUAAUUGUAUUAUAUUUGCUGUACAUGUAAAAUGUAGACCAUUCAAUAACUAUUAAACUCUUUCAAAAACAA